CAAGAUGAGUCUAUCAGAUGAUUUAAUUGGCUGUAUACGAAAGUUCAUCUGUAAACUUGACGGCACUUCUGAUGAUCAUAACUACGUCCCAACCCUUCAUACGUUGUUUGGGACUGUGAGACCUGAUAAUGACCAAAAUAUUGUAAAUUUAGUUUGGUCCUUGUUAGAAGAUUUAAAAAACGUAUUAGAAUAUUCAGGUGUAUUUCCAAUGAAGAUUAAACAAUGGAUGGAUAAUGUACGACCGACUCGAGAUAAAGAUGUACAAACAGACCAUAUUCAUGAAAUGGUUGAUCAAAGAUUUGUUCAGGUUACUUGUGAAAAGGCUGAAGUAGACCGUCGUAUUGAAGCGUUUAUGAAACGCAAAAGAGCUGAAAGUGAUGCAUUCAAUCGACGUGAAUUUUGCCGCAUACACGAAGGUGAAGAUUCUGCUAGUUCCUGUGCACGCACUGACGCCAUAUUUGUUAACAGACAAAGUAAAAAAAGUUUAGUUAAAAUACAAAAAGUUACAAAUGACAUCCAACGAAAAGAAAAAUCCACAGUUGAAACCCAAAAUUUAAGUUCAUGGCAUCCUUCCCAUCCAUCAUCGACAUUGCCGUAUUACAAAUUGCCUCCAGAUCUUCGAGAACGCCUCGAUAAUCUUAACUAUGUUUUAACUUCGCGUCAAAUAAUAAAUGAUGAUUGCGAUAUUUAUGCUCGCAUUAAAGAACUUGAAGAAAAAGUUCUUUAUUUAGAAACACUUUCUCCUGAGUAUUUUAACCUUAACAAGCAAAUACCUAUAAAACCAAUAAGUCAUCUAAAAGAAAAUACUCUAAAGAGUGCAAUCAAAAAAGUGGAGCAGGUUGAUGAAAGUGAGAAUACAACUUUAAUAGAUCUGCGUAUUGAGGAGCUAAGAGAAAAGUUGCGCAAACAAGCAGAAGAAUUGCGCAAACAGUAGAUUUUCAUAAAAAAUAUUUUUUGUUUUUUAA